AUUUAAGACUGCAUAACAGUUCACCCAAACUCGAGAACAAUUUAAAAAAUUGAAUUUUUUACAUGAGAAAUUGUAUGCAUAAUUACUGGUUCGUUAUCACUUCAGGGAACAAAAUGGUGGAUGCGCUCACCUGGUUUAUAUAGAGCCCUAGAUUGGCUGGCUAAUGGCUAAUGGCUAAACGUCAAAAAUUCAAUAAGCUAACGGCUAAUGGCUAAUGGCUAUUGGCUAGCUAGACAUCCCUGAGCUCAAUAAAAAAAUUUUCGCUACGUCAAGAAUCCGAAACGUCAACUUCCUGGAUUUUGAUUUUCGUUUUUGUUGUCUCCUUGUCUCGUCUCCCCUCUGUCUCUACUUCGCCUGUGUGCUUUUGACUAAUUAUGAAUUCCGAUCGAGAAUUUGUAAUUGUUCAGUGCUGUGAAAAAUGCCACAAUAGGCUGUUUUGGCCGCCGAAUGUAUCACCGGCAAAAGAGAACCUGCUAGUUUCCAUGACCUGGUGUCAACACUCUUACCAUCCCGAUUGUAUUGAUCAAAUGUUUAAAGCUACGACUGCAAAGGACGAACGUGGUAACUUAAUUAUAUGUACAAACCCUGAAUGCAGAAGGGUUAUCUGGGUUAUUCGUCAAGAUCAAAUUACAGAAAUAGUACCAAUUACUGAACGUGUCCAAAUCGCGCCGCUAUCAGGUGACCCCAACCUACAGAAAGAGUUAACUCGUGCACAGCAGCUAGUCACCAACUACGAACGCAUCAUGAACGACUACCAGGAAACAAUUCGCGAGUGCGACUCGUCUAUCCGUACACUCCGCAAUCUCCUGGCGACCAAACGCGAUCUGAACUGUGCACUCCAGGCUGAAAACGCCAAAUUUAUAAUCCCCAACAUUCCAGCACCGCGCUGCAACAGCUCCAGGGUAGCUUGCCGCUUAAACAAUGCGAACGCACAAUCUGAACCAGCCACUAGCACCACUGAGUCCGGUCACCAGUCGAAAUAUCGUAUGUCCGUAUCUGCUUCCGGAAAUUUGCCAGCAUCACCUGACGAAGAGAAUCGAGGCCAACAACAACAAGACACAGGUACUUCUGGUGACGGACCCAUCAAUUGCGUACCGUUCCGAAAAGGCGCUACAAAUCAUUCAUCUUCAACGACUGCGAAUCGAUCAGCAUCAGUGGCUACCUCAUCUCACGCUGCUGUAGCAAUGUCCAAGUAUGAAAACGAAUCGCCGCUAAAUUCACAAACGUUGUAUAAUGCUGAUGAUAAUGAUGGUACGGCUGCGAACCCUGGCUUCCGUCCCAUCCAACGAUCUACGUCUACAAAUCGUGCCAACUGGUAUAACGAGGUACCCGAAAGCGCAAGAAUGCCACAGGACCCUUUAAUUAGAAUACCAACCACACAGCCUGUCAUCAAAAAGGUACGUCCGCCUUGUACGGCUAAUUUGGCGAAAUGCCACAAUCGUUUCUAUCGAAAAUUCGGUAUGGACUCGGGCAUGUUGAAGCCCUUUUACCCGUUAAAUGCGUUCGUGCAUGAAUUUACCACGCUUGGAAUAUUUGUCGGUGACAACGUAGUGAAUACUGCCGUUGCAGCGCAAGAUAUCCUUCUCAUAGGAGAUGGAUUGGUUUUCGGCGUCGCUCAAUGGAUUAUGCUCGAUCGAGACAUUCGCGAAUUCAUGCAUAUGGGCUUGUAUGGAAAAACACUCACCGCUAAAGCACUCGGCGAUACAUUACACCUGAUCAAGGCGCUACCACCUCGUAUGAUUUUAUCUAUUGGGAACUUCGACGCUCUUCGAGACAUAGAUGGUAAAUGUUUCAAGCAACAAUUCCAACGCAUCAUCCGCAUUUGCCGCCACAAAGGGGUACGCGAGAUGUACGCCGUACCUCUAAUUCGAUACGCCGAUCAAAACGAAGUCGAAAUUGUCGCCAUCGAAUCGAUCAUCGCUGUAGAUUACAGCAACAUGCUCACCGGCGCGUACCAUGUAAUCGAUCCAUCUCCUUGGUUCCAAGACAAAGUACCGGUAGUUGACCACGAAGGCCCAAUGUAUCAAAUCACCGAACAUGCAGAUUUUGCGAAGUGGAUUCGAAAUAUGUUCAUACCGCCCGGAAAAGACUCCACCGAAGCCGAACGAGCAAUGUAUCGCCAACCACCACGAUUCGACUAACAUGCCAUUCGCAGCGACCAUUCCGAUUCACCGAAGAACUGAUAAGAGGCGGCGAUUUUCAAAUUAUCCUUUAUUAUUAUUGAAAUUUGCCGUGCAUAAUUAAUUAAAUAUGUAGCUGAUGGCUUGUUUGAUUUAAAUUUUAAUAAUUUUAUAGUAAAAAUUUUUCCACGUUAUGUAAAUAGAAAAGUGAAUGAAUUAUUAGCGAUGAAUAAAUCGCUGAUUCGUCAAAAUUCAAAUAACAAAAUGAAAGAAAUCCUUAAUUCUACCUCAAAUAUUCAAUAAUAUACAUAUUAUGAUUCUAUUGAACCUGUCAAACCUGUGUGAUAGAUUAGAUGCCAUAAAACUAAUAAACUAAACAAUCGGUGUUCUCAUUU